UAUAUUAUUAUGAGUAUUUACUUCAAUUCGAAAUUGAAAAGGAGAUCGGACGGCGUCCUCACUGGAAUCUGAGAGAGAAGAGAUUGUUACUAGUUCAAGUUCAUUACUAGGAAAACUUGUUCUGUCGAUUUAUUAGUUCAAAUAGAAGAAAUAUUUAUCUUCUGCUAGAGGCUAGAGAAUGUUUCUGUAGUAGAUAAUCCCUCAGUAUAGCAGUAAGCAAGCCCUAGAAGUUGGAGGAGGCCGUGAAUUUGAUGGGAGCUGAUAUCCGGCGCCACCAGCAGCAGCGGCUUUUGGGUGUUUGCAGAGCUAGGGUUUUGUUUAGAGCUUAGGUAGAUACAAAGGAGAACCAAAGAUAUGGAUGGUGGGCGGAGAAUAGCGGUGAGCCCAAGGCCUUGCAGCGGACGGAGAAUAGUCGCAUCCAAGAAAAGAGGGAGAGCGGAUUCCUUCGUUAACAGCGUCAAGAAACUUCAGCGAAGAGAAAUCUGCUCCAAGCGACAUCGUGCUUUCUCCAUCACCGACGCCCAGGAGCGCUUCCGUAACAUUCGCUUGCAGGAGGAAUAUGAUACUCAUGAUCCAAAAGGACAUUGUUCUAUGGUAUUACCGUUUCUGAGGAAGAGGUCAAAGAUAAUUGAGAUUGUAGCUGCACGGGAUAUUGUCUUUGCUCUUGCCCAGUCUGGCGUAUGUGCGGCAUUUAGUCGAGAGACUAAUCAAAGAAUAUGCUUUCUAAAUGUCACCGCUGAUGAAGUUAUACGAAGCUUGUUUUAUAACAAAAACAAUGAUUCACUUAUCACGGUCUCAGUAUACGCUUCAGACAAUUUCAGCUCCUUGAAAUGCAGAAGCACGAGGAUUGAAUACAUACGGAGAGGUCAACCUGAUGCUGGUUUUGCUCUUUUUGAAUCUGAGUCACUGAAAUGGCCUGGUUUUGUGGAGUUUGAUGAUGUGAAUGGGAAGGUACUCACAUAUUCUGCACAGGAUAGUAUAUACAAGGUGUUUGACCUCAAAAAUUAUACGAUGUUAUACUCCAUAUCUGAUAAAAAUGUUCAAGAGAUUAAGAUCAGUCCAGGGAUCAUGUUAUUGAUUUUCACUAAAGUCGGUGGCCAUGUUCCUCUUAAGAUUCUAUCAAUAGAGGAUGGUACUGUUCUCAAAUCAUUUAGUCAUCUUCUUCACCGGAAUAAGAAGGUGGAUUUUAUUGAACAGUUCAAUGAGAAGCUUCUUGUCAAGCAAGAAAAUGAAAACCUCCAGAUUCUUGAUGUCCGCAAUACUGAGCUAACAGAAGUUGACAAAAUUGAAUUUAAGACACCGUCAGCAUUUAUAUUUCUGUAUGAGAACCAGUUAUUCUUGACAUUUAGAAAUCGGACAGUGGCUGUGUGGAACUUCCGUGGAGAGCUUGUAACUUCAUUUGAGGAUCACCUUUUGUGGCAUCCUGACUGCAACACUAAUAAUAUAUAUAUCACAAGUGAUCAGGAUCUCAUUAUCUCUUACUGCAAGGCUGAUUCAGAUGAUCCAUUGUCUGAAGGAAAUGGGUCCAUCAAUAUCAGCAAUAUAUUGACUGGGAAAUGUCUUGCUAAAAUAAGAGCAAGCAACAGCUUCCCUGUGGAAAACAAAUGCAGCUACGGUUAUGGUUGCAGCAGUUCAAAGAAGCAGAGCAAUAUGUCAAGAAUUAGAAGCACGGUGGCGGAAGCGUUGGAAGAUAUUACUGCUCUUUUUUACGAUGAGGAGCGGAAUGAGAUAUACACGGGGAAUAGGCAUGGUCUAGUUCAUGUGUGGUCUAACUGAUGGGGUUUGAUGUGAUUAGGAAAUGUAAUUUACUUGCGUGGAGGUUGAGUUGGUUGUGAGUCUCACGAAACUGUACCAUUAUUAAGUGUUAUUGUAUCAAUUCAUUUUGUUUCCGAUGUUAAUUCAGCCCAAGCCCUAGCCCUUUUGUGUUGCA